GCUCUUCCUCCCCACGUGAGCUGUUUGUGGUGGAUGGUGAACGUGUGGCCCGAUUCAUAUUCACGAUUACUUGAUUGUUUUGUUUGAGCUUAUGGGUAUUGCUAGUGAGACCAUGGAGCUAGUGGAGGAGGACGAGAUGUUCAGCGAGGACUCAGAAGACGAAAACAGCGAAUUGUCAGACAAUGCGCUCCAAGAAGCUUUCGCGAAAGGUUUAUUGAAACCUGGAAUGAAUCUGAUGGUAGAAAAAUCCAAAAGGUUCGUCAACAAUGUGCAAGGCAUGAAACAGGGUUUGUCAGACUUAAGGAAAGACCUUCCCUGGGUGGAGAGACUGGACCUCACCAAUCCGCCUGUUGAGGAUGUCCUCGCUAAGAUUGGGAACAUGCAAAGUGGGAGCAAUGGAGUCGUCAAUGCUGACGAUGAUUUCCAGAGGGAGAUGUUCUUCUACCGGCAGGCACAAGCAACAGUCCUUGAGGCGCUGCCUCUCUUGAGCAAGCACGGCAUUGCCACCAAGAGACCCGACGACUACUUUGCUGAGAUGGCUAAGUCAGAUCAGCACAUGCAAAAGAUCAGGAAGAUGCUGAUUUCAAAGCAGGCGAUAAUGGAGAGGUCAGAGAAGGCAAAGAAGUUACGCGAGCAAAGGAAAUUUGGCAAAAAGGUGCAAGUAGAAGUCAUCCAGAAGAGACAAAAGGAGAAGAAGGCAAUGAUGUCUGCUGUAAAGAACUACCAGAGAGGAAUGACUGACAAGUUGGAUUUCUUGGAUGGAGACCAAAAGGCUCCUGGUAAAGAUGCUUCUCGGAGCUCCAAGAAGGCAUCAUUGAAUAAGAAGGGCCCCAAUGCCAAGAGAAAAUAUAAGGACCAGAAGUUUGGCUUUGGAGGCAAGAAGAGUGGAAAGAAGUGGAACACUAAAGAGAGCCACAAUGAUGUGUCCAGUUUCCGCGUUAAAGUGGCCAAUGCGGCGGGUGGAAAAGGAAAAAAGAAAGACAAAGGAAGAAAACAAAAUAAACGUCCAGGGAAGUCUGUACGCAGAAAGAUGAAGGCUCGCUCAUAAAACACAUCGGGGUUGUUCAGUGGGACUUGAACGUUGCUUCUCGGCUGGAUUUCCUCACAGUUCAUCUUCCUUAAGAACAUUGACUUCUUUGUGACAUUUUGUUCAAACUGCCGUCUGCCAAAGUGUGUGGUUAAGAAGGAACAGCAUAAUCAAUCAGGCCACACCGAGGGAGGAAGACUUCCUUGCUGUGGAGGCUGUUCCUUGAACGUCAGCCCUUUACGAAACACUGUUUGGAUCACACUUGUUAAACAUCAAUAUUCCACGUUAUUUAAAACGUCUAAUUUAGUAGUUAAGACGUUAAACCCAUUUCACUUAUUAAGUCAUAAAGACGGUAUGUACUGUGUUGUGCCAAUCUGAUAUGAUUACACUUAAGUAUCCACACUUACCAUCCCUCCUUAUUUUAACUCGCCGUAGGUUUUUUUUCCAUUUAUAGUUUCUGCUUUUUUUUUUUUUUUUUUUUUACUUGCUUUUAGGAUCAUUGAAUACUAAAUUGCCCAUAGGUGUGUAUCUGAGUGUGAAUUAUUGUUUGUCUAUAUGUACCCUGCAGUUGGCUGGCGACCAGUUUAGGGUGUACCCUGCCUCUCGCCCAGAGUUAAUUUAGAUAGGCGCCAGUACGCCCGCAACCCUAGUGAGGAUAAUCGAUACGGAAAAUGGAUUGAUGAGAGCCUGUCGCUUUUCAUUAGUACGAUUUGUAAUGAGAUGACUACAAUUAAUUUGUAAAGACCAUCACUAUUGCUGUACUAGAAAGUGUAGUGUCACCUUUGGAACUUAAUGGCCAUAACCCAUUGUUUUUGGAGUCUGUGAUUUAUUAUUAAAUAUUUAGGGACUUAAAAACAAAGUUUGAAAAGUCUGUUCAUUUAAACUUGGUUUGACAUUUAAUUAGUUGUAACAUGACUGGAAUUCACAUGAUGGCAGCUUUGAAAUGGGCUACAUUGAUCACGAUAAAGCGCACACACUGCUGAUGACUAAAUCUUGUCUUAUUGACGUGUCAGGGAAAAGCAAACUGCUGCCUAAAGCACAGUAUGU